GUGGGUGCUGUGCGCCGACGCCGCCCGGGUGUAGCGCCCCUCCCGGCGCGCGGCUGGACGCGCCUCUGCGCCAUGCCUCUGACUGGGCGCGCCGCUGCGACCGGUGCGGCGGCGAAGGUCGAGGCUGCGGCCCGAGGGGUCAGACGUGUGAGAGGUCGAGGACUGGAGGGUCGCCGCUCGCGCGUGCUGAGUGGACACGAAUACACGAAGGACUGAGACGCUGCCUCUCAACUAACAUUGGCGCGGUCAAGGUAUGAACGCUGAAGGCGUGGAAGUUGGAGGAGAGGACGUCGUUCCGUCGACGGAGCGCUGCAGGCGUCUGGAGGAUCGCUGCGUCGACCUCCAGGACCAGGUGGACGAGCUGCUCCUACGGGUGGAGGCCUUGGAGAGGAACCGAGCGCCAUCUGGACCUUCAAAAGCGCCUCCAGAUGGUAAGGUAGCCACCGCAACAGCAAAAAGCGCAGAGCUAGACGGGGCACCAUUCGAUCGUUCGAUGGUGGAACCACCGAUUGAACCCGACGGUAAAAAGCCCAAGGUCGAUGCUGUCGACGCGCUCCUCGCUGAGGCCGAGGCGAUGGGGCAAGGACAGUACGACGAGGACUUGAAAGAAAUAAUAAAUAUGUACACGUCCCCACGACCUGCGGACGAGGGUGCUGGUUUUGGGCCAGCUGAUGAGGUGGCAUCUGACCUGAGACAGCUGCUACAGGAGCCUGCUUUCCGGGUAACGUUGGUAGGAGAGGCGGUCCCGGGCUCAGGAGCGGCGGCCACCACGCGGCAGACGCCCCACCCAGCCCCUGAAGGAAGGCUGCACUUGAUCAUAGGGGAUAGCCUAGCAGUGGGACUAAAAUUCGCGGUGGGUGCAGGGGAUUACAUUCUCAACUUGGCCAUUCGGGGGAACACUUGGAAUAAAGAGCGGAAAAGGGUUCGGGAGCAUGUUGAGCAGUGGCGGGAUUCGGCUAGCGAUCAUAACCUCAGCCUGGGGAGGAUUUUUGUGUGGCUUGGGGGGAACGAUGUAUAUGGAAGGCCCCACGACACGCCUGUGGGUCUAUGUCAGGAUGAUGUGGGCGCCGUGUUGGCUGAGCUCCAGUCUUACGACCUUCUGUUAGCAGGUCCGACUCCACGGCUGUGGUGUGACGCCGGGGCCCGCUACGAGGAUACUGCGGCGUUCCGGGCGGACCUCCCCCUGCGGGAGGCGGCCCUGGCACGAGGACUACGGUUUUUACCGUAUCUGGGCCGCGCGCUGACCUGUAUGGUGAAGCGCCGCCAUCUGGUCAGGAGCGAUGUCGCGAGCAGGUGGUUCAGCCCGGACGCGGCCCAUCCCCGGCCGGUGGUGAUCGACACGGACCCGGGCGUGGACGACGCCCAGGCCAUCGGCAUGGUGCUGGCGGCCGACCGGCGCCGCGAGCUGCGCCUCAUCGCCAUCUGCGUCACAUUCGGCAACUCGACCAUCGAGCACUGCACCCGCAACGCGCGCCGCAUCCUCGGCACCUUCAACCGGCUGGACAUUCCUAUAUACAGCGGAGCACACUGCGGCCUGGUGAAUGGCAAGCUGGGUACCACGGACCUUUUCCACGGCUCGGACGGCCUGGGAGACACCGAGUUCGAGCAGCCGCCGCCCCCGCUGCCCAGACAGAGCGAGCACGCGGCCGCCGCACUAACGCGACUGGCCAGAGAGCACAAAGGCGAGCUGGCCAUUUUGGCUCUGGCUCCGCUCACCACAGUUGCUCUGGCGACGCGCCUCGACCCGGAGUUCAGCAGCAACGUCGGCGACAUCGUCAUCAUGGGCGGCAACUUCACAGGCAAGGUCGCCGCCACGGCCGUCUCGGCGGCCAUCGGAGCUCAGCUGCGACCAGUACAGCUUGGUGUGGCCACGAGGAACGGCUGCGAGGCGGCAGUACACGCCACCAGAGCAUACAUCGACGAAUGCGAAGCGGCUCCAGACACAGAAAUAAACACCUGGUACCUGGAUGAUGGAACGCUGGCUGGCCCACCAUCUGACGUCAUCUCCAGUAUCAAACAAGUGAAGGCAGAAAUGAGCGAAGUGGGGCUCGCCAUAAACGCAGGCAAGUGUGAAGUCACCUUCCUGGGAGGCUUCACCGACGAUACCAAGCUCAGCGCCCUGCACAUGCUACAAAGUGUUCUUCCCGACAUCCGGGAAGUCCCCGUGGAUGAAAGGGAAGUGCCUCGUCUGGGACGCUACCUGCGUCGACACGUUCAGCGCUUCGUCAGUCAAGGCAUCCGCGGCCCGUGCGAGCUCAGCUGCAACCGUCGCCGAGAGGCGUAA